CGCGAAGAGACGCGGCAACUGCGGCUUUGUUUGGCGGGAGUGCUUUUCUCGUUUUUACUGAUGUAAGACGCAACUUUCGCUCGCCAUCUUUAAGUUGGUGGUCGAGUGCGAGAAAUGUAUUAAGGGCGCAACUCGCUCAGGUGCUCGGGAAACUUCCUUUUUUUAAACUCGAACUACUGCAGCGACCAUUCAUUAGGUUAUUUCCGCGUAUUUCUUAUUUCUCCUUUAUUUUUUGAAAACUCCACGCUCAGUUGGACUUUAUCAAGCCAGCCCCAGGUGCCAGAAUGGACGAGGCGGAGAAGUACCAACAGCGACUGGAGGCCAUCGCUGAGAAACGGCGGCUGCAGGAGGAGCAGGAACGAGCCAAGAGAGAGAUGGAGGAUGAAAAACUCCGACUGCAGCAGCUCAAGAGGAAGUCUUUGAGGGAUCAGUGGCUGAUGGAGGGAGCUCCCUUGUCCCCAUCCUCACGAGAUUCCCAAAGCCCACACUCUCCUCCGUGGGCCGCUCAGGAAAUGGAAAAGCACAGGCCGCCAUCACGGAAUAUGGAGUUAGCAGUGGAGGAUGUGAAAGAACAAAUCGCAGAGGACCAAACAGAAGCCACCAACAUGGACGCCGGAGAUAUGGGGACAACCGCGAUCCAAAUAUUACGGGAUGACGACGCCCCUGUUCUGAUGAACGGCAAAGGGGACUUGAAAGCUGAUCUUAAACAAAACCGCCAAAGUGCUUUGGAAAAGUCCACCACAAAUGGCCCAAGUGGAAGCGUCGUCGUCAUCGAGAAUCAUGGCCAACACGUUCCCCACUUAAGCUCCACCGAGGUGGACGAAGGGAUCGUGGUCAUGCGGGCCGAACGAGUCGUCAUCACGGAAGAUGAUGAUGAGGAAGAGGAGGAGGAGGAAGUUGAACCACAAGACUAUCAAAAGAAGCAAGCAGGCCCUGUGGAGGAGGAGCAAGUAGCUCCAGAAGCUUCCAAUGAGUUGGCAAAGGAUGAAACUGGUGCGGCGGCGCAAGCAGGAAAAACACACGAGGAGACCAAAGAGGAGGACAUCGAAGCGGAAACUUCGCCCUCCGUGCUGCUGCCGUCACCAACCGAUCCUCUAGAGGCCGCCUCGGUGGCUCCCGUGCCGGUCUACUCCCAAUCACAACCCUUCUCUCCUCCUUCGGCGGAGACGCCACAAGCCAGCGAGGAAGACGUGAUCACCCCGGCAUCGGCGACGCCCAACGUGUGCCCAAAAGCCCAAGGCGACGCCCCGAUCGCACCCCCUCGGUUCCAGGAUGUUUCCCUGAGCGACUCCAUGGACAACCACAGGACUGAGGCACGCACGAGCGAGCAGGAGACCCUCCUGGAGCCCCUCCUGGAGCAGGCUAAAGGCCUGGAAAUCCAGGAUGACAUCGCCAGCGAUAACCACUCACGUCCCAUAGAGAUGCGGGCCGAGGCCAUGCCGGCGCCCAAUAAGAAAGUCUGCUUGUGCUGCUCGCUCAUGUAAAGGCAACAAAAAUACCCACGCAACACUUUUUUUGAGUUUGCUCUCAUCAAGUAUUAAUGCUUCCUUUAUUUUAUUUUAUGAUGAUUCUGCUGAUCACAGACAGCAGCCCUGAAGUCCACUCAAAGAGGUGCACUUCAUGUUUUACAAUCACGGCCGUUAUUAAACUCUGUUGAACUCACUUAAGUCCCUGGUCCUUUUGGAAAAGCUGAAGUUUUAAUUCACUGCCAAAUGUGUUUUUGUCAUUUAAACUGUCGUAUUUUAAAGAGGAUAUAUCAAUAAAAUAUCUUAUGGCACUGCAGUGUUUAUUAAUAAAAUAUCAUUUCUACUGCUUUAAAGUAUCUGUGGGUUCAAUUAAGGUCCCUCUAAAAAAACACGCCCAAUAUAAUUGUAUUGCAUUAAAAAUAAUUAUUUAAAGAUGUUAUCAAAAUUUGUGAUAAUUGAAAUAUGUGAAGCAACUUCACUUCAUGCAAAAUGAGAGCAAAAAAAAGUGUUGUGUUUUUAUUUUGGUUGACUUUAUUUUCUGAAACCUUCCUAUUCUAAUUUUGUACACUACAUGCCACAAUGGAUUUUUUUUUUUUUUAAUUAAAAAAAACCCACCUCUGUUUAGUAACAAUAAACUCAACCCACAACAUUUGAAUGCAGUGAAAUGAAAAAGGCUUUAUCACAAAUGAAUUAUUUGUAAUGUGUAAACAUUUGAAUGUAAAUACAAGCGUUUUCUUAAAAUGAUACGAGUGGUUCAUAGAGAAUAUUUUUCUAAUUAGGAGCUUUGUGGAUGAAUUAUUGAACAGACUUGGGAAUGCCGAGGUGGGGUUUUUUUUUUUUUUUUUCCAGCACCCACAUAUUUGGGUUUUGUCACGCAAGUUGCAUAUAUUCCUUCUUCCCAAUUAUGAAAACCAACGUGUCAUUGCUGUUGAGCCAUCUCUUACCACAUUUUUACCAAAGUAUGAAUUUUGUAUUUAACCAGAUCUCUGUACAUGCAUAACAAUACUGCAGAAACCAUGUUGGGAUUUGAUUUCAUUGUCAAAAGUUUUGAAAUGACUGCAUUCACUAUUAAACGGCGCCACUGAGUAAA